UACUGCUGCUGUCAACGCUGCCGUUGCCGUUGCCGUCAUCCGCGCCCCACAGAGGGUGGAAGGGUGGAGUGCUGAUAACGGUGAAAAGUGGCAAUAAUAUCGAAUAAAUUAAUACAAAGAAGGGCUUGGCCAGGCGGAAAAAGGAAAAGUGAAUAGCCGGAAAAGUGAAAUAAGUGCAGAGCCAGCCAAGUGCAACGCUUGCGGCACAUCGAGUCCUGCCACUGCGAAAGCGAUUACCAGUGCCAGUGCCAGUGCAAGUGUGUUAGUGCGCGAGUGUCCCGAGAAGCCACAACGUCGUCCUCCAAACCAACGACGUCGUCUGCUGCCGCUGCCGCCGCCGCCGCCGCUGCACGCCAGAGCCCACCCACAGGAGCAGGAGCGGGAGCUGCUGCAGGGAGCAAUCAAAGGAGCGGCGGACGCAGCGGCCAGCGACGUCGCAGUAGCAGCAGUAAUCCCCACGGCGGCACAACGAAAGCGACCAGCGGCAGCGGUGGAGCUGGCAGCGCCGGCGGAGGCGGUGGCGGCGGGGGCGGCGUCAAGCAGAGCGUCAGUCGCAACAGCAACAUACGGAGCAGCAGCUCCAACAGCACCAUGGCCUCGGCCAAUCAUCGGAGCGGGCGCGGCGGCGGGGCCGUGGCCGGCGCUGGCGACGGCAACGCCAUCGUGGGCCUCCAAAUCGGCUCAGCGUGGUUUCAGCGCAAAAUCAAUCUAAGGCCGCAGCACCGCGGCGUCCAUCUGGUGACCGAGGAGAUCCUCAGACAGAUGCCGGAGCUGGCGCACUUCUCCGUGGGACUUUGUCAUAUGCAGAUUCUUCACACCUCGGCGAGUUUGGCGUUAAACGAAAGCUGGGAUCCAGACGUCAGAGACGAUAUGGAGAUGAUGUUGAACAAAAUAGUUCCCGAAGGCUUGCCCUACAGACACUCGUGCGAGGGACCCGACGACAUGCCCGCACACGUGAAGGCCUGCUUCCUGGGCAGCUCACUGACAAUCCCCAUUACGGACGGCAAGCUCUCGCUGGGCACGUGGCAGGGCGUCUGGCUGUGCGAGCACCGCGACCAGGCCGGCUCCCGCAAGCUGGUGAUCACGCUGACAGGCUGCCCGCGCGAGCAGGCCCGCAGCCCGCUGUCACCCGUCUCGCCCAUCGCCAGCACGUCCAGUUAGGGGCGGCCUCGCUCCACCCGCGACAGCCGGUAAUCGCGGGGGAGCGACAAUAAUGACAUCAUUUCGUCGAGGAGGUUGAUACUACAAAAGAAUUUAGCUAAGGCAACGGCACAGCAGAGGGCGGCGGCCGUCAUAGCCGCCGGCCGCGGAUUGGGGGGAGGAGCGGGCGCACCACCGAAUGUGCCUGGCUUCGAGACGAAGACGAGCCGCCUGCUGCUCCGGCAGCAGCUCCACCUCAAUCUCAAUUUGAAUGUGCAGGAGACGUUGCAGGAUGGCGUUGAUAUUGAUGAUGUUGAUGAGGACGUCUGCGAUGACGAUGAGGCUGAGGCUGAGUUCCGCGUGGAAGAGGAGGAUGAAGAGGAGGAGGAGGAGUCUCAGUCCGUCAGCUCAGUAGUCGUCGCGGAUAACGCUCAGGGCAGUGGGCGUUGCCAUCGUGCUGGUGAUAAUCUACGAACCGUCACAACAGUGCCUCAACUUAACGAACAACCUACAACUAAGAUCACCGCAACCAGAACACCAUCGGCAGCAUCCAGUUCAUCGGCAGCCGCAGCAUCAAGUGCAUUAGCUAAAUUCAACCGCAUCAUCGACUCAACCCUGGAGAGGGCCCCAGCGGCAGCGUCGGCAGUGACAACGCUGCCCCAGCUGAGCAGUGCCACACUGCAGCAGCGCUUCAAUUUGGCCUAUCCAGAGUUGAUUCCCCAACAGCAGCAGCAGCAGCAGCAGCCGCAACAACAGCAGCAGCAGCAACAUCAGCAGCAGCAGCAGCAACAUGAUGCGAUCAGGAAGAUCAACACCCUCAAGGGGACACCAAGAUUAGAUCGUGGCUCAGGCGCCGUUGCCAGCACUCCAUUAACAUUUGCAGCACACAGAUCGAUAGCAACGGCGCAGGAGGAAGAACAAGAAGCUGGAGAAGAAGCAGAACUAGAACCAGAAUCAGGAGAGGAAGAGGAAGAGGAGGAUAACGAAGCAGUCGCCCUUAACGAUGAUCAUCCCCACCACGACGAGGAUAAUCAAAUGAAACGAAAUGAUGUGCAUUAUUUGUUGAAACAGUUAAAUAGUUUUAGUGAUAUAGAAGAAAUAGAAAUUGUUGAUAUGAAGCAAAGACAACAGCGUCCGCCUCCGCGUCCACGUCCACCCAUGGCGUCGAGCUCGCUGAUAAUGAUGCCGCCAUCGCCGCCAUCACCAUCCACGCAGUCGCACAAGCAGAGCCAGCGCUUUGCCUCUGGCGGGCACAACUCCAGUGCCGCCAGCUCGGUGCGGCUGCAGCAGUUCGACGACUAUCUGUUCGAGUCCUGCCACUACCUGGAGACAAACUACUUUGCCGCUACCUAUCGCACUGCCAUGGUCGAGAGCAGCUCGCACGAGUUCCGGCCCUCGACCAACAGCAGCUCAAACAGCUUUGAGCUGCACGAGAUGGAGCCGCCCAGUGUCAUCUGCAAGGCGGGUGCCCCCCUGGCCGCGACUCCGCCGCCACUGUACCAGUACCAGUACCAGGCGGAGACGCGGCUGACCACCAGUGGCGUGCAGACGGAGCUGACCGUGGAGUCGCUGGCCAAGCUAAGCAACAGCGCCAGCGCCAGCAGCAGCUCGUCCAGCACGCGGGCGCCCCCCUUCUUCAGGUGCUGCUACACGCCCAUCGACCGUUGGCGGGAGCGUCGACUGGUGGCGCGCCAGCAGAAGACCUCCGCCCCCUCGAAGAACGGGCAGGCGAGUCAGAGUCAGAGUCAGAGCCACCCCGUCUGACACUGGGCCAGGCUCUAGUUCAGAGAUUGAGAUUCAACAUGUGCCUGGCUAAUUUAUUUGGUCGCUGUUCUCAUUUGCGAUAUCAACAAGAGAUUCCAUUUCGAACGACAGUCGUUACACCCGAUCGUAGCACCCAAUCCCAAUACCAAUACCAAUACCAUUCCAAAUCCAAUCAUUCGAUGGAACGGAACGGAACGAAACGUCAUUCUGUACAAUUUGUCUACGCUAAACGUGAACGCAAACGAAACAAAUAUUAGUAACAAUUUUUUAUACGCCAGCAGACACGAGCCACACAGAUAGACAUUUGCACAUUUUUGCAAUACACGGAACGGAAGGAAAGGCAUAAAACUCCAAAUAAGUUGUUCACACGAAUGAAAUGUUUAACAGAAAAUUUAAAUGAAGAAAAUUGUAACUCAAUUAUAUGUAAAAUUGUUCAAACGCUUCCCCAACUUCAGCAGAUGCUUCAAGGAUUUGUAAAUUCUCUGUCAGAGAUUUCUUUUAGGUGAACGCAGCUUGGGUCGAAAGUUGUACGAGUGUUCGGGAAUCAUUCAGUACAGUAGGCAGAAUAUUGUUAACGAAUUACGCAAAUCGUAGACGACAGAGAGAGAGAGAGAGAGCUUGUAUAGUAAGAUGAUAACUAAAGAAAUUGUGAAUAAUGUUAAUUAAAGCUAAAGCGUCGUCAAAUGGAAGGAGGGACGCGCACGCCGUGCAUUUUAGUGUGUUCAAUCCCCGGCAUUUCAACCUGUCCUGUCCGUUUGUCUGUUUAUUACACAUUUUACAUGCAAAUAGAAAUACUCGUAGAGUUUUGCGACCGGUGGCGUGCGCGUUGCAUUGAUUGUUGAUACAUAAACCAAACAAAAGCAAUUGUUACAUCAAUUAGACACAAUUUUGUUGAUUUACACUCUAAGCAACCGAAUCGUUCUGUUUCUGUUUGAACUAGACCUUCGUUUGGACUCGUAAGCUAAUAAGGAAUUGUAUUGUUGUUACAGCACAAGAGAAGUAAACCCCGAAGGGACUACUAGACACAAAGGAUCGCUUAACUCUUAACUCGUUUAACCAAGAGCAAUAUUAGUUUUUAAACCAGUUUGGAAAUGUCAAUUUUGUUUGGAGCAUAUGCGAGAGUACACGAACACACGAUUAUAUCGAACUAUAUCACUGCGCGAACUUAAUGCGCCUCAGAUCACGCUUUAGUUUACCAAAUAAAUACGAUAGAUACGAUUUAGCUGAUUGGAACUCAACCAAACAACCAAAACAUCAUUUAUUUCGCUCCCCGAUCGACUGAGGUGCGCGUUCUGGGUUUUCGGAGGAGUUGAGUUCUGUUCUUCCAACGGAGAAGCAAGCGCCUAGCAGGCAGGACCCUUGUCUACCCUUGUGGAUGCAUAAAUACUUAUGUACAUAUGUGCGAGCAUGUAACCAAACGAAUGUUUAAAAUACAAAUAACUUUAAAGGAGAAAUCAGAGGAACCGAACAAAUGCCUUUUACAUGCCCACACGUACACUAGCGAAAAGUCUCCCGAGAACGGAAAAUGAUCAAAUGAAAAUCGAAGUGAAAGUGAAAAUGAAAAUGAAAAUGUAAAGCUGAGCAAACCAAUGUUAGUCGAUAAUAAGGAAGGAGCGUUACGGUUUGCACGAUAUGAUGUAUUCGUAAUGUCUGCGAAACCACAAGCGAAGCUAAUAAUUUGUUUAGAAUAUAUAUCAACCUGUUGAUUAUGUUAAUCAUUAACGAAAGACAUAACAAGAUAAGAUGUUAAGGUCGAGAACCAUAACCGCCGGUAGAACGGACGGUCUAUUGUUGUAUGUUUUAUUCGAAGCGCACGAAAUGAACUAAACGUAAAACAUAAACAAUAUAAAGCAAGGUGGAGAAUGGAGAACGGAGAAUGGAGAAACUGUAGCUAAAGUGAAAUUUUUGUAAACUUUUUGAUAUGUGAUGAUGAUUUGGAUAAAUUAGAGCCACAGAGGAAAGAAUUAUUACCUUAACCUAGCCCUAGAUAUCUAAACCAAUUACAAAUGUGUAGCGCAAACGCAAAGUAAGCAAAGCAAAGCAAAGCAGAGGAGGGGAGAGGAGAACAGAGCCAGCCGAGGAGAGCUAGUUACACUCUAAGAUGGAUAAUAUUGUUAUGCAAUAAGUAGUCUCGGCCAGCCGAAGCACCAAUCAGGGUUCCUUUCGGGAUGGGUUGGGAUGGAAUGGAAUGGGAUGAGAUGGUAUGAGGAUGUUAGUCUGGAUGGCAGGUCUAUUGAUCUGGCCCCCAAAGGUCCUUGAAAGGAACUAUAUUAGCAAUAUAUUCAUGGCAAUUCAAUUGUAUUAACGACAUUGAUAAAUCUGAUGUGUAAGCAAAUAGUGAAUGCAAAUAGUGAGCCUAGUUAAUGGUUAAAGCAGCCCCCGUAACCAGAGGGACGGGGAUGAGGGAUGAGAACAACUCAAUUCGAUCAAAUUGAAAUGAAUACUAAACGUAGAUAAGCGAGUAAGUAGUAAAUUAUCCAAUUGUAAAUAGGAUUUCAUUUACACUUUCAUUGAUUUGAUUUGGUUUGGUUUCGGUUUGGUUUUGUUUUUGGAUUCGGAUUCGGAUGAAGUUCAGUUUUCUCAUUACAGAUAUAUACACUUUAUUAGAAUCAAGAUUAAAAACACACACAGACACAUACACACGAAAAAGCUUUAAUUAAUUUAAUUACAAGACGAAAAACCAAAAGAAAAGGAAUGUAAUACAAAGUGUAUUUAAGAAUAAUCAAUUUCGAUAUCAUUGAUCCCAUUGAUAGCGAAUUCCAUUGUAGAUACCUAUUGGGCAGCGGUAAUUAAUUAUUUCAUUAAUUAAUUAACUCGCCAGCUAUGUCGUCAAUGUCAAUGUCGCCUAUUGUGAGUUCUAAAUAUUGCAUCUGAUAAAACAAUAACGAAGCAUAACUAGCUAUAAAUCCAAACCAAAUGCAAAUAAACAAAAUACGAUUAUACAAAAGAGCAGAACAGAUCAGGACAGAACAGAACAGAACAGGCCUAGGAACACCGCAUAAAUACAUAUAUACAGAAAUACAUGCAUACACAAUCCACAACACACACACACACUCUCACAGAACUCGAACACAAAGCUUUUAUAAAAAACUAUUUAACAACAAAUAUAUUAUAUAUAUAUGUACUAUGGAAAAUAAUAAUCCUGCCAAGUAACAUUCGAAUACCUGCUUGAAGAAGAUACACCCGCUUUUGCUAAGAAAACGAAAAAGAACAGAGAUUUAAUAACGAAAAAAACAGAAAUAAAAAGAAAAAAAAACAAAAACAAAAACCGAAAACAAAACUAAAAUAUGAGAGAAACGUAAAGAGAAAGAAGAGAGAGUAUGUACGGCUAAAUACGAUUUUUAUACUUUCGAUAUAAUGAUUUU